GCAGCAGCAGCAGCAGCAGCAGGAGCAAGCAAUGGCCAUCGACACACGUUACUAUAAAUAUAUACACACCAUCUAUCUUUUUAUAAAUACCACCCUCAUUCGUCUUUUUCUACAUGUGUCCUUUUCCAACAACACAACACACUUUGUACAAUAUAUGCUUCUGCCCUCUCUUUCUCUCCCCCCCCCCACGCUCCAACCUCAUCAGAACCACCGAAAAAAAAAACACAAAAAUGCAAAAGAGGUGGACCUUCUACUUUUUUUUUCUUCAGGGAUCAAAUGUCUUUAUUUUCCCCUUCCCCUUCCAACUGUUACAAAUGGCUUAAACUGGUAAACAAACAAACAAA